GCGCUUACCAAGUAAGCUCCAAAAGCCAAAAGACUGAGAUAUAAGCUGCAUCUCACAGAGACACGGACUGAAGGAAAAGGAAAAGAAGAUGCAAGACUGGGCGCCAGUGUUCAUCACGCUGGUGCUGUUCAUCCUCCUGUCGCCGGGUCUCCUGUUCCAGAUCCCCGGCAAGUGCCGGACGAUCGAAUUCGGCAACUUCCACACCAGCGCCGUCUCCAUCCUCGUCCAUGCCAUCCUCUUCUUCACCUUCACGGCCAUCUUCCUCAUCGCCGUCGGGGUGCACAUGUACCUGGGAUCCUAGGCAGUCGAUGCCUGCCUCUGCCUGAUGGUCCAUCGAUCACCUGGCACCUAAUAUCCUCCACUAGCCCAUCUCUUGAUUCUUCUUUAUAUAUAUGUUUGUAUCAUCCAUGGUUUCUCUGUCGUCUACAUGAGUUGAGUUCUUUCGCCUUUGCGUAUUGGGUGCGGAACGAGUGAUUACAUAACCUCGUUCACAAGUGCAUUAUGGAAUGAUAUAACUAAGAGUUCAAUUUGUUUCUUGCA